AUGGCUGAAUCACAAUGGAUACCAUUUUCUUUGGCAAUGCAACAGUCUCGAGCACGUCUAAAGGCUCAACUGGAGGGCACAGAAUGCCAACCUCUACACAUGAUAAUUAAUGGGGAAGGAGGCUCAGGAAAGAGCUGGCUGAUUGAACAUAUCGUGAAAGACCUGCAUUCUGUAUUCUAUGGUAAUGGAACUGAUCGCUUGGCCCAGCGUGUUUUACUCCUAGCGCACCAAGGAACGGCAGCGUUCAACAUCAAGGGUCAAACGCUCUGCUCUGCGCUCGAAUUUGGCUUCUUUUUCUAG